AUGGAAGAAUCCGAAAAAGACAGCGUGCAUGAUGAGAAGUAUUGGGCCGAGAGAAGAUCUAAGUUUCUACUUGAUGUUGAUCCUAAAAUAGCGAAACAAAGAAAUAGAGAGGAUACGUACAUAAGAUUCAAGCACCUUUUACAAAUUACUGAUCUAUUUCGUCACUUUAUAGGAAUUCGUGCCAAACAUGACAAAAAUAUGCAACAGUUGUUGAAGAGCAUUGACAAUGAUAAUAAACAAGCAAACAGCUCUAAGAAUCGUUCUAACAGUGGCAAUAAAGGCCGCAGGCAGUAUAGAAAAACGGAAAAGGAAGAAGAUGCAGAGUUAAUGGAGGAUGAAGAAGUUGAACUUGAAGAAGAUACUACUAUCUUAACUCAAUCACCUAGUUUUAUCAAAGCAGGCCAGUUAAGAGACUACCAAAUAUAUGGUUUGAACUGGCUAAUAUCUCUGUAUGAGAAUAAACUCUCCGGUAUUUUGGCUGAUGAGAUGGGUCUUGGUAAAACAUUACAGUCGAUUUCUUUUCUAGGUUAUCUUCGAUAUAUUAAGGGAAUAGAGGGUCCAUACAUUGUGAUAGUACCAAAAUCAACAUUAGAUAACUGGCAAAGAGAAUUCGCCAAAUGGACUCCUGGAGUCAAGACAGUUAUCCUACAAGGUGAUAAGGAUGCAAGAAGAGCUUUGAUAGACAGCAAAAUUUUGACUUGUGAUUUUGAUGUUCUCAUAACAUCAUAUGAAAUGGUUUUGAAGGAAAAAUUAACGUUAAAAAAGUUUGCAUGGGAAUACAUCCUUAUUGAUGAGGCUCAUAGAAUCAAAAAUGAACAGAGUGCUCUUUCCCAAGUCAUAAGAUUGUUUUACUCUAAAAAUCGUCUUCUAAUCACUGGUACUCCAUUACAAAAUAACCUUCAUGAGCUUUGGGCAUUGUUAAACUUCUUAUUGCCUGACGUGUUUGGCGACUCCGAGGUGUUUGACGAAUGGUUCCAGCAAAAUGAGAAGGAAGAAGAUCAAGAUGUUGUUGUACAACAGCUUCAUUCUGUUUUGCAGCCUUUUUUACUAAGAAGAGUUAAAUCUGAAGUUGAAAAAUCCUUGCUACCAAAGAAAGAGAUCAACUUAUAUGUCGGUAUGACCGACAUGCAGAUUCAGUGGUAUAAGUCAUUAUUAGAGAAAGAUAUCGAUGCUGUCAAUGGUGCUGUUGGAAAACGUGAAGGAAAAACCAGACUUUUGAAUAUUGUCAUGCAAUUGAGGAAGUGCUGUAAUCAUCCAUACCUUUUUGAAGGUGCCGAACCCGGCCCUCCAUAUACAACUGAUGAACAUUUGGUUUAUAAUUCAGGGAAAAUGAUUGUUUUGGACAAGCUUUUGAAGAAGAAGAAAGAACAAGGUUCGAGAGUUUUAAUAUUCUCCCAGAUGUCAAGGUUAUUGGAUAUACUAGAAGACUAUUGCUACUUCAGAGGAUACGAAUACUGUAGAAUUGAUGGGUCCACCACUCACGAUGAAAGAGUAGACGCCAUUGAUGACUUUAAUAAGCCUGAUUCGGAUAAGUUCAUAUUCUUGUUAACGACUAGAGCUGGUGGUUUAGGUAUUAAUCUUGUUACUGCUGAUACAGUUGUUUUGUAUGAUUCAGACUGGAAUCCUCAAGCAGACUUACAAGCUAUGGAUCGUGCCCACAGAAUUGGGCAAAAAAAGCAGGUAUAUGUUUAUAGAUUUGUUACUGAAAAUGCUAUUGAAGAAAAGGUUAUUGAAAGAGCGGCACAAAAGCUUAGAUUGGAUCAAUUGGUUAUACAACAAGGUACUGGAAAGAAAACUUCAGGCCUAGCCAACAAUAAGGAUGAUUUGAUAGAUAUGAUUCAAUUCGGAGCUAGAGAUAUGCUACAAAGUGCCUCUGGUAACAUAUCUGUGAAUGAUGAUAUUGACGAAAUCUUGAAAAAAGGUGAGCGGAAAACUCAGGAAUUAAAUGCAAAAUAUGAAGCUCUUGGUCUAGAUGAUCUUCAAAAGUUUAAUGGAAUGGCCGACCAAUCUGCUUAUGAAUGGAAUGGUACUGUUUUUGAGAAGAAAAAAUCAGACGACCAAGUAGUAGAAUGGAUAAAUCCUCCUAAAAGAGAACGUAGACGAGAACAAACGACCUAUUCUGUAGAUGAUUAUUACCGUGAAGUAAUAGGAAAUGGUAAAAACAAAACAUCUGGUACGAACACACCUACAUUAAAGCACCAAAAACAACCAAAAAUUUUCCGAAUGACUUAUUAUCAGUUUGCACACCCUGAGUUUAUAAGACUUCAGGAAAUGGAGCAACUAUGGUUCAAGAAAAGUGUUGGUUACAAAGUCACUGCUUAUGAUGUGAAAGAGCCAUCUGGCGACAGCGACAGUGACAGUGACUUGGGCAGUGAAUCAGAUUUGGAUGAGAGUCCUAAAGGUGAAGAUCAAGAAACACAGGAUGAUUUAGAUAAAAAAAUUGCAGAAGAACAAGCGAAGAUUGAUUCUGCAGAGGAAUUUACUGAAGAGCAUGCAAAAUUAAAACAGAAUUACCUAGAGAAAUCAUUUUAUAACUGGAAUAAGCGUGAGUUCCUUGCUUUCAUCAGUGCUUGCAUAAAAUUUGGGAGAGAAAACUAUAAAGCAAUCUCCAAAGCAAUUCACACUAAAACUCCAAAUGAAGUAAAAGAGUACUCUAAAACGUUCUGGGAAAGAUAUAAAGAGGUACAAGGUUGGGAAAAGUAUGUUGCAAAUAUAGAAGCUGGUGAGAAAAAAGUAGAAAAGCUUCGCAUUCAAGAAAAGAUCCUAAAAUUGAAACUUGAACAGUACAAAUAUCCAUUAGUUGAACUAAAGGUUCUAUAUCCGCCAAACAACACUAGAAGAACAUACAACUCUUUGGAGGAUAGAUUUUUACUAGUGACAGUAGGAAAAUUAGGGCUCUUUACUAGCAAUCUAUAUGAAAAGGUCAAGCAAGAAAUACUGAAAAGCCCGUUGUUCAUCUUUUCAUGGUUCAUAAAAACAAGGACCCCAUUAGAUAUAUCAAAAAGAAUUGCAACAUUAUUGACACUUCUUCAAAGAGAGCAUGAGGGAGUUGAACGUAAGAGAAAGCGAAAACCAGUCACACCUUCAGAUGAUAAUAUCAACAGUAGCACCCAAAGUCGUGCUGAUGAUAGUAGGCUGGGAUCACCAUCAUCAAAAAAGCAACAUAUAGAUAAAUUACAAAACGAAGAUCAUGAAUGA